UAUAUAUCAAAUAUUUCAUCUUCAUCAUUUUCCCCGUCCCCCUUUCCAACUUAUUUAUAUAUUUAUUUUUUCCCCUUCCAACUAUAUAAACAGCUGUAACAUAAGGCUGUAUCCCUAACUCAACCCCAAUACCCCGCCAUCGCAUCCAUCACCAAACCGCCACCAUGGGCUCCUCAACCCCCGCGCAACUCCCCGCCAUGGCGACAUCCCCGAAACACAUCUUCUUCACCGACUUCGACGGGACCAUCACCUCUCGCGACUCCAACGACUACAUGACCGACAACCUCGGAUUCGGCCAGCCCACCCGCCUCGCCCUCAACCGCCAGGUCCUCGCCAACGAGAUCACCUUCCGCUCCGCCUUCAAGCAGAUGCUGGAUUCGAUCCCGACGCCGUUCGAUCAGUGCACCAACAUCCUGCUCGAGAGAAUUGAGCUUGACCCCGGGUUUCGCGCGUUCUACGAUUGGGCAAAGGCGAAUAAUGUCCCAAUCGUUAUUUUGAGUGGGGGAAUGACGCCGAUUAUUCGCGCGCUGCUGGAUAAGCUGCUUGAUGAGGAUAGCAGCUGGAUGCAGAUUGUGAGCAAUGAGGUUGGGGCUCGCCCGGGGAAGAGCAUCAAUGAGGAGAAGGGAUGGGAGAUUGUGUUCCAUGACGAGACCGGCUUCGGUCACGACAAGAGCAGCACCAUCCGUCCCUACGCCGCCCUCCCCGCCGACCAGAGACCAACCAUGUUCUACGCCGGUGACGGAGUCUCCGAUCUUUCUGCCGCCAAGGAGACUGAUCUCCUCUUCGCCAAGAAGGGCCAUGACCUAGUAACCUACUGCGUCAAGCAACACGUCCCCUUCUACGAAUUCGAAGACUGGACCACCAUCCUCACCCAAGUCCAGAGCAUCGUCUCCGGCGCCAAGAGCGUGAAGCAAGUUUCCGCCGAGGGAGUCGAGGCGUUCACCGCUGCGCUGAAGGCUUAAGUGCAUAUCACAUACCUUCUAUCUCACACCUCGCAUCUCACACCGACUUCAUUAUCGCGCUUAGAGUGGAUGAGCAAGACGUGUGGAUGGGGUAGAGUAGGUAGAAUUGGGAACGAGUGAUGAACGGGAGGGACGUAGUGGAGUGAAUUGACGACCGAAAAACUGGAUUUAGACGGCGGAUUGGGGGUAUAGAGGUUACUUCCUUUGGAUCUUGGGCCAUUUAGAGGGUAGAGGUAGACAGACACCUGAUUGGUUACAAAUAGACAAACAUUUGGUUUUCUCUA